AUGCGCCUUGCGACCAUCACAGCUUGCCUACUGUUUGGCUACUCGGCUACUUCUACAGUAAUUGAGUCUUCAGCCCUUUCGCUAUCAAAUAGCACCAUUUGUGCCGAUGUACACAUUUUGAUUGCACGCGGGACAACGGAGUCUUACCCCGGUUCUCUCAGCACUUUGGCAGAACUGAUCACUUCGAAGAACGAAAACACGACUUAUGAGAAUCUCAUAUACCCAGCUACAGACGAGACAACAACCAACAGCUAUCAUGUCGGAAUCAAAGCUGCACGAAAACAGCUAACUAGUUUCGUUGAGCGGUGCGGUCACACUGGCUCUAAGCUCGUCAUACUUGCCUACUCCCAGGGAGCAAUGGUAAUUGCAGACACUCUCGCCGGUGGCGGCGGCGACUCGACUUUGGGCAAUUUGACUGCCCCAAUUGGAUUGGAUCUCGGCAAGCACAUCGAUGCUGUUGUUUUUUACGGUGAUCCUCGCCACGCCCCUAACCAGCCAUAUAACCAGGGCCUCGGAACCUUCAAUGUCACUGGAAAAUACCCUCGUCGAGAGGAUCAAGUGCAGUAUUUGACUAGACACUAUGGGCAUGUCAUCCAUGACUUUUGUAAUGUGGGCGAUCCUGUGUGUGCCAGCGGGUCUAACCUCACAGCCCAUAUGGUCUAUCCUGAUAUUUGGGACAAGACCGCUGUGAGCUGGGUUCAAAGUGUUCUAGAGCGAUCUUAA